AGUCCGAUUUUGGAUCGAACACUCAUUCCAGUCCUCUCAAGUUCUCCUGCUGCUUCCACUAUCUCAUUUCACCGACCCUUUCAGCUAUCCUCUUAACGCUCCUUUAUCAACAUGUCGGGUCGUCAGCAGCGUGUGAUGGUUCAGCCCAUCAAUGUGAUUUUCAAGAACUUGCAGCAGAGGACGAAAGUCGUAAUCUGGCUAUACGACAACAUCGAGAUGCGUAUUGAGGGACGAAUUGUUGGUUUCGACGAGUUCAUGAACGUUGUGAUCGAUGAGGCAGCCGAAGUGUUUGUCAAGGAUGCGAAGCCAAGACGAGAGCUUGGACGUAUCCUGCUAAAAGGCGACAAUAUCACUCUCAUCCAGCAAGUGGUAUAGGUCUUAUUCUUUUUCUAGUCCUACUGUUGUACAAAAAGGCGCGGAUUGCGUGUGCUCGUGAUGUAUAAUGAUACUAUAUAGACCCCGGAUGUCGUGUCGCUCGCCUCAACAUUAAAUCAAAUUCAGAGGUUGUACACCGGC